AUAAGAGUGUCUCUUCGAUCGAAAUCAUGCAAUAUAUAUAUACUGCACUGUGGUAAUUCAGUAUUAAUAAUCCCUGCAGAGGAUUAAUUAAAAUAAUAUAAAUAUCUUAUUACAAUGAGACUAAUUACCGCUAUCUCCCCAAUUACCAUCCUAUGGAUUCUGGUUACAAGUAACCUAACAUGCAGCGAAAGGCUAUUGAUUAUUACCCCAACUCCAUCCUACAGUCAUCAGAUAGUAUUUCGGGUAAUAUGUCUUGCUUUGAAUCAGCGAGGACACGAAAUAGUAACAUUGACUCCUAAUAUCUUAAAUGAUACUAGCAUAACUAAUUAUACGGAAAUAGACUUCGGUUUUAUAUACGAAAAAAUUGAUGAUACUGACAUGAGUCAGACCCGUUGGAAUCUCACACAAUUGGCGGGAUUAAAAACAAGAUUACUAACAUUAGGUCAUAAUAUCGCUGAGGAUGCUCUUAGCCAUCCAGAUCUCGUGAAGUAUUAUAUGAAUAGAACUGAUAUGCAAUUUGAUGCAGUAAUAGCGGAGAUGAUUAUGACUCCUGCAAUCUAUAUGCUAGCGCAUAGAUUUAAUGCACCUUUAAUAGGUAUCAUGUCUAUGGACUUACAAAACUGCCAUCGUUUCACUCUUGGCAGUCCCGUGCUGCCAUCGCAUUCCUCGAAUUGGGAGCUCGAAAAUCUCACAGGAUUAAAUUUACCAUUUUGGAGGCGAUUGAUAAAUUUCAUCAAUACUUGGUGGAGUAUUCAUUCAUGGUUUAAUAAUUUCGCGAUCAAACAGCAAAAAAUUGCCGAAAAGUAUUUCGGUAAUAAUAUACCACGUAUCACUGACGUUGCGAAGAAUAUGAGUCUCGUCUUGAUCAAUCAAGAACCGUUACUUGCAUACGCGAGACCCGAAAUACCUAAUAUCGUUCACUUCAGCGGGCUGCACAUCACAAAGACACCGCCGUCGUUACCAAAAAAUUUAAAAGCGUUCUUGGAUAGCGCGACAAAUGGCUUCAUUUAUAUGAGUCUGGGAUCAAAUACGAAAAGCAAAUUAUUACCGAAGAAAAUAUUGGAGAUCUUUGCCAACACUUUUGCCAAUUUAUCGUAUAAAGUACUGUGGAAAUUCGAAAACGAUAGCUACCAUGUUCCUCCUAAUGUUUUUAUUUCAAAAUGGAUCCCACAGCAGGGUGUGCUGGCUCAUCCGAACAUCAAGCUCUUCAUUUAUCAAGGUGGGCUGCAGAGCACCGAAGAAGCGGUUCAUUACGCCGUCCCGCUCAUAGGAAUACCGUUUGUCUUCGAUCAGGUGUACCAAGUUAUGAAAAUGGUUUCUCUGGGAGUUGCAAGAUAUCUAGACAUAGUCCGGCUUACAGGGUCAGAAUUGUACGACGCUAUAAUAGAAGUCAUAGAUGAUAAAGGAUACAAAGAUAGGAUGUUGGCGCUGCGUGCUCUCACAAAGGACAAGCCCUAUGAUAGCUUAGAGAAUGUUAUAUGGUGGAUCGAGUUCGUAAUGCGUCACAAUGGCGCACCUCAUUUACGUUUCAAUGGAGUCGAUAUCGCGUGGUAUCAGCAAUUCGAUUUAGAUGUCAUUGUAUUCCUGACGAUAACAUUAUUCUUAGUUUUAUGCGCUAUUUUAGCCAUUGUAGGAUGGGUUUCGAAAAAGUUGUAUAAUAUGCAUUAUAAUGAUAUAAGCAAUCGAUACUUGUGGUUUAAAAGUAAGGUAAAAUCAGCGUAAUCAUGUUGCGUAAAGUGAACAAACAUCCAAGUCAUCAUUGUGUACUUUUUCAUUUUUCUGUGUAUAAACUUGGGCGUAAUUUGAUUUAAUAAUAGAAUUGUUUUGAAAUAGAAUUCGUUCAAACUAUGAAAUAGGUGAACCUCUUUUAUUCCUCGUGCAUUUGCAUGUGAAUUUUACAGUGCUCAUUUAUACGAAAAAUAGAGAAGCAUGGAAGAAUUGGAGAAAGUGAGAGAGGGAGAAAUUUCGGCAAGAGGAGAAUACUGUGAAUAUAAAAUUGGAGGUUGAGUGAAAUGAGUUUUGUAAACGCACGAAAUUGCAUCUCAAGGCCCAUUAUGUUCAUUUACGCGUAGGUACUUUUGCAGACUAUGAGAUAUAGAAAAUAAAGGAACUAAUAAAAGCCUAAAAGAAGCAA